UAAACUUCCGGUUUACAAGACCACACGUGGGCCAAGAACUGACAAAAAUAACAAGCUGGACAAUAACCAAGCAAUAUAAGAUGUUACGGAGACAAGCCAGACUUCGGAGAGAAUAUAUUUAUAGAAAAUCCAUUGAAGAAAGAGAAAGAACUAUCCACGAAAAAAAGCAGAAAAUAAAACAAUCACUAGAAGAGAAUAAGAUUGUUCCGGUUGACUUGAGGAAAGAUGCCGUGUACUUGGAGAAGACGCUAGACUGGGAUGGGGAAGGAGCUGAUGGUCUGACGACUCAUGUUGAUGACGAGUACAAGUGGGCUGGUGUGGAAGACCCUAAGAUAAUGAUCACAACGGCCAGGGACCCCAGCUCAAAACUGAAACAGUUUGCAAAGGAGAUCAAGUUGCUGUUUCCCAACAGCCAAAGAAUCAAUCGUGGUAAUUACGAGAUGAAGCAGCUGAUUGAUGCAUGUCGCGCCAAUGAUGUCACAGAUCUCAUCAUGGUUCACGAACACAGGGGGGUGCCAGAUGCCUUGGUGGUGUGUCACCUGCCAUACGGGCCAACAGCCUACUUUACCCUCUCCAGCGUUGUCAUGCGGCAUGACAUUCCUGACGUCGGCACCAUGUCUGAGGCAUAUCCACAUCUUAUCUUCAAUAACUUUACAUCAAAGUUAGGAAAAAGGGUACAAAAUAUACUGAAAUAUUUGUUUCCUGUGCCCAAGGAGGACAGCAAGCGAGUUGUAACAUUUGCUAACGAGGAGGACUAUAUAUCAUUCAGACACCAUGUGUACAAAUAUGUCGACAAGGAGCUGGAGCUGAAGGAAGUGGGACCAAGGUUUGAAAUGAAAAUAUACCAGAUAAUCCUGGGUACGCUGGAAACAGCAGACACCGCCGACGUGGAAUGGGUUUACCGGCCAUACAUGAACACUGCCAAGAAACGCAAGGUCCUCAGUGUUGAGUGAUAAGACAGAGUCCUACCUGCCCCAGCCUCACAUGAACAACGCUGGACCAAGUGCAUAAACAGAUGGGACUCCCAGCUCAUCAUUGUACUGACAAGGGGAGACAACUCUAAAUGUGUACUGUGAUUGUCGCGACUGAUGGCCCUAAAGCUGGCACUUCAUCAUGUGAUGAACUUUCUACAAGUUGUAAAAUGGAAAAAAUUGUGAACUGUAUUCAGAAUGGAUAAAUCUUGAAAUGACUUGAGAAUGUUGGCAUUCCUUGAAGUGAUGUUUGAGUCAUCUCAAUCGAAUAUUAAUAUAAAUUGUCAUUAAAAGAUGUGAAAA